UCCAAAGUCGUAAACCACACCCCAGCUGCUUGGCUGCAAGGCGCAGUGUCGUGCAGUUUUGUGAUUCUGCUCAGCCUCUCUGGGAGCUGAGAUGAUGGAGGGAGCUACAGGAGGAGAACUGAGGGCAGAGGAUAUUCCCAGCCUGCACUUGGAUAGUUCAGAGGAUUUUGCCUCAGCCUUUCAUCAGUAUUUGGCCAAGUAUGUCCCCCGUAUAUACACAAGCUAUGUGCAGCCACAAGUGGACAGGCAAGAAAAGCUGGCACAGGACUGUAUCUUCACCCCUUUGGAGUGGUACCUGUUUGGAGAGGACCCUAAUGUCUUUGUGGAGAAGUUGCGUCAGAGCGAGGCGCCUCCCUUGUGUGGUCUAGUAUUUAGAGGAGGAGAGACCACUUAUUCUUGCAGGGACUGUGCAAUGGAUCCCACCUGUGUGCUUUGUAUUAACUGCUUCCAGAACAGCAUUCACAAGAAUCAUCGCUACAAGAUGCACUCUUCAAUGGGAGGGGGGUUUUGCGAUUGUGGUGACACAGAAGCCUGGAAAGCUGGUCCAUACUGCAAGAUCCAUGAGCCAGGGGCUUCAGAUCAGGAUUCUGGAUUUCGAUUACCAGAAGAGAUCUUGGCCCAGACUAGAAAAGUUUUCCCUGUCAUCAUCAAGUACAUUGUGGACAUGCUUAUCUGGGAGGAGGAAAAAUGUCUGCCUGGUUAUUUAAAUACAGGCCAGAAAAAGUCAAAGCAGCAUUGCUGUGUGCUCUACAGUGAUGAUCACCACUCCAAUGACCACUUCAUCUACAGUCUACAGAGAUCUCUAGGAUGUGAUGUGAAAGAAUCGCAGACUAUAACAAGUGCUGCAGAGAGGGAGGGUCGCACAACUUUGAAGGAAGGAAAUUUAGAAGAAUGCAAAGAAACUGCAGAUAAACUUAAGAAACACUCAGAAAAUGUGUCUCAGCGACCUCUGCAUGUUGAAGUGCUGAAUUCUUUGGUCAUGGCCCAUCAGAGCUUUGCAUGCAGUCUUGGGACGUGGUUGAAUAAACCUCAUGCGCACUCAAGUGACUUGCGACAGAUCUUUUGUCACGUGUGUCUGGAACCAAUCAGAACUACCAGAGCAAGGGAAUUGUGCUAUGUCAGUUUAUUAAUUAUGUGUGAUGCCAAACUUCAUAAAGGUUUCAAGAAAGCGCUGCAUGAUCUGAUCUUCAGCAGCUUCUUUAUGGAGAUGGAGUAUAAGAAGCUGUUUGCCAUUGAGUUUGUGAAGUAUUACAAACCGGUUCAAAAAGAGUACAUGGAUGAUGAUCGUGAUCGAAACAUCGCAGUUACUGCUAUUUCAGUCCAAGUCUUCACUGUCCCCACCCUGGCUCGGCUGCUCAUAGAAGAACAGAAUGUAAUCACCGUUAUUACUGAGGCCAUGCUGGAAGUUCUGCCCAAACAUCUGGACACAGACGGCAAGUUUAACUUUCAGGGCUACAGUCAGGACAGAUUCUGCAGAGUAUAUGCUAUCAUUUGUGACCUCAAAUAUAUCCUGAUAAGUAAACCCACAUCUUGGUCGGAGAAACUGCAAGAGAAGUUUUUGGAGGGGUUUAAAUCUUUUCUUCAUAUGUUAACAUGUAUGCAGGGCAUGGAAGCUACAGGUCGAAUGAUAGGACAACAUGUUGAGAUGGACUUUGACUGGGAGACCGCAAUAGCCAUGCAAAUGCAACUGAAUAACGUCUUGAUGUUAGUGCAGGAGUGGUGUGCCAGCAAUGAAGAGAUACUGCUCCAGACUUACAAGGACUGCUAUCAAAGAGUUCUUCAGUGUUUUAAACCUGUUCGCUCUCAACAAAAGACUUGCGUAGAGAUGUGUGGUCAUUCCUUUGAAAUCUACCCAUUUAGAGUUUCCAGAGAUCCCGUCAGUAUAUAUCUGCCCCUCACCCGGAUGCUGGCAGGUUUGCAUUCACAGAUGAGUAAAACUGGUGUCUUUACCAAGCUCCAUGAGUAUAUCCCCCUUAAAGACUUCCAGGUAGAACUUCUCGUUGAAAGUCCAUUGAGGUGCCUGGUGCUUGUCGGGCAAGUGGCUGCUGAAAUGUGGAGGAGAAAUGGCCUCACCAUUAUUAGCCAGGUUUACUACUACCAAGAUGUCAAAUGCAGGGAGGAGAUGUAUGAUAAAGACAUCGUAAUGUUACAGGUUGGCGCUUCAUACAUGGAUCCAAACAAUUUCUUGCUAAUGUUACUUGAAAAGUAUGAGCUUGUGGAAGCCCUCUCAAGCAUCUUAAUGCCCACCAAAGACAUGGACUUGUCAAGACAAUGGAACAUACUUAUUGAGGAGAUGCUGCAUGUUCUGAUCUGUAUAAUUGGUGAGCGUUAUGUGCCAGGAAUCAGUGAUAUCACUAAAGAAGAAUGCAUGAUGAGAGAGAUAAUCCACCUGCUCUGCAUUGAACCCAUGGCUCACAGUGUCAUUGCCAAGGCAUUGCCAGAUACUGAAAAUACAGACAUUUGCUUGGAUACCUUGAUCAACAAAGUGGCCAAUUUUAAAAAGCCAGGGCUAUCUGGUCAUGGAGUUUAUGAGCUAAAAGAGGAAUACCUUGACCAGUUCAACGUCUUCUUCUAUCAUUAUACAAAGACCCAGCGCAGCAAGGCUGAGCACGCACAGAAGAAAAGACGGAAACAGGAAAAUAGCUCUGAAGCAUUACCACCACCUCCUCCUCCAGUCUUCAGUACAGCUUUCCACAACGUUGGCAGGCUCCUGUGCUGUGAUGUCAUGAUGCACAUUCUUCGGACCAUCCUGCAGAGGGCAACAGAGGAAGAUCCAACAAUGUGGACAGAAGGCAUGAUACAGCUGGUUUUGCAUAUCAUAGCUCUUGGACUGAUUGAAGAGAAACGGCAUCUUCAGAAGGCUGCAGAGGAAGAAGUAACAUUUGAUUUCUAUUACAAGGCAACAAGAAUCGGCAGUUCAGAUCCGAGUGCUUCAAGUGUUACGUCCCUGCUUGACAAGCUGAAAACUGUAACACAAUUGGAUGCUCAGAAAGACAUGAUUUGCUGGGUUCUGCAGAUGCUGGAAACUGUGAAACUGCUGCAUGAGAAGUCAGGACAAACUGCAAUUGCUGCAACAUCUUCUGACGUUGCUAGACUGGAUGAGGGACAGAGCCCUCAAGAGAAGGAAACGAGAAAGCGCAAAGCGGAGGCAGCAAGAUUACAUCGGAAGAAGAUCAUGGAUCAGAUGACUGCUCUGCAAAAAAACUUUAUCGAAACAAACAAGUUGCUAUAUGACACUUCUCAGGAAGUGCAAGAGGCGUCUACUCCAACUGAAGAGAUCUUACUGACAGCUGCUGAAUGCUCUAAGAUUGCUGUAGGUCCUAAUAGGGGCCCAUCAAUACCAGAAAAAGAAGCACUGACUUGCAUCCUGUGCCAGGAAGAACAAGAAGUGAGACUGGACAAAUCCACAAUGGUGUUAACUGCCUGCGUGCAGAAAUCUACCACCUUGUGUCAGAACCGAGGAACGACAGUGAUUCAUUCAGGUGAAACUUUUGAUCCACUUUUUACAAGCCUUGAUUUGUCUGCUGGAACCUUUACAGGAAGUUGUGGUCAUGUAAUGCAUGUAACCUGCUGGCAAAAGUUUUUUGAAGCCAUGCAAGCGAAUAAUCGUCAACGACUUCAUAUGGAUCUAAUCUAUGAUCUGGGAAAUGGAGAGUACUUGUGUCCUUUGUGCAAAUGCCACUGCAACACUGUUAUUCCUAUCAUCCCCAUUGUAACACAGCAAAUUAACAGUGCUGAUGCUGAAGCUCUGAGACAAGUGUUAUCAAUUUCAUGCUGGCUGGAUGUUGUGGCUACCAGGAUAUCGGGAUGCAAUUUGAAAAUCCUUAAAGGGACACAGCCCAUUUCGUCUGAGCCUUGCGGAAUCUGGGGUUAAAAUCACCAUGAGUUUCGCUCCAUCCUCAGUUUUGGGGUACAAGCACCGCCAAAUUUUUCUGCCUGCACAAAAGAAAUGCUGGUCCAUUUUGCCACCACUGUGUAUCGAGUAGGCCUGAAUGUUCCACCAAAUGAAACUGACCCACGUCUGCCUAUGAUGACAUGGAAUACGUGUGCAUAUACAAUUCAGUGCCUUGAGGAAUUUACUGCAGGAUGAAGAAAGCCUUUGUUUGGCUCCUUGCAAAAUCGGCAGCAUUCUGGUCUUAAAGCUUUAGUAAAGUUUGCAGAGGCACAAAGAGUCACAUGUCACCAGCCCACAAUACAGAGCCAUCUUGUGCAGCUACUGGCAGUGUUCCUGCCAAAUUCAAAGCUUGAGGAAACUCCAUCCUUACUGUCUGUAGAUGCGUUCCAUCUCCUAGUGGGGUCAGUUUUGGCCUUCCCAUCUUUAUACUGGGAGGAAGGUGUGAACCUUCAUCCUUCACCCCUGGUUUCUGCUUACAACCAUCUCUACCUCCUCCAUCUUAUUACUAUGACCCACAUCCUACAAAUCAUUUUCACAUCUGCUGCAGGCACUGUGCCAACUUUGUCCUUUGGUGAUGGUGAAGAAGGCCUUAGUGCUGCCAAUUUGUGUCGGGACCUAUCACAACUUACUAAUGGUUGCCUAACAGCUGAUGUUUCUGGCGGGUAUAUCUGGGACUGUGUAAAGAGAGGCAUUCUCCCUUUCUUGCGCUGUGCUGCUGUCUUCUUCUACUACUUGCUGGGAGUGAUGCCACCUGAUGAACUGCAGACAUUGGCGCUUCCUGAAGAGCAGUUUGAGGCUUUGUGCAGCUACCUCUGUUUACCGACCAAUUUGUUUCUACUUUUUGAAGAGCACUGGGAUACCGUGAAACCACUUAUCCAGAGGUGGUGCUCUGAUCCAGCUGUAUUGAGUGUCCUUACGGGUGAAAAAACAGCACUCAGGUAUCCAAGGAAAUGCAACACUUUAACGGAGCUGCCUGAAGACUACAGCAUUCUGCUGAACCAGGCCUCUCUUUUCAGGUGUCCGAAGUCUCAGGAUGCUGAACGCAAGCACCCAGUGAUGUGCCUCCUGUGCGGGACUGUCCUCUGUUCUCAGAACACUUGCUGUCAGGAGGUGGUAAAUGGCGAGGAGCUGGGGGCUUGUACAACACAUGCACUACAAUGCGGAGCUGGAAUCUGCAUUUUUCUCAAAAUAAGAGAAUGUAGAGUGGUUCUUAUUGAGGGGAAAACCAGAGGCUGCAUAUACGCUGCUCCCUAUCUGGAUGAAUAUGGAGAAACAGACCCUGGUUUAAAACGAGGAAAUCCUUUGCGGCUCUCCCACGAACGAUAUCGUAAGCUACAUCUUUUAUGGCAGCAACACUGUAUUAUUGAGGAAAUUGCUCGCAGCUUGGAAAUAAGCCAGAUGUUUUUUGGCUUCAACUGGAGCCUGCUUUAGUUUUCAUGAGGGUAGAUGAGGGACAAGCUUUAAACUGUACCUGCCCUGGCACCCCAAUGACUGCACUGUAGGUGGAUAGAUAAUUUUUACCAGCAUAUUCUCAAGCUGACACAUAAGUGGAUAAUGUGUCAUUCAUAAAUAAAUAUGUUCAUAAAAAAAAAAAGGAAAAAUGCUGCAUCCUAACACCACGUGUGUUCUCACUUGUAUCAGGUCAGCAUUAUAAGUAUAGCAAAAAUUGCCUAUUUGAUGUUCGUUGUGGAUUUCCCUUUUUUUUUUUUUUUUUUUUUUUUACAUUUGCAAAAAUGCGUUUUAAAGAGAUUUUCCAUGAUAUCAUUAGACCCCCAUAGUGAAUCAAAUCGCAGUACCCCAUGGUCAUUGCUAAUGGCUGCCAAUCGCUCCCAACCUGCUUCCCCUUGGCACUUCAACAUUACAUCUCACAGGCCUCUCCCACUUGUAUGAGCCCUGGUCCUUAUGGAGGACUUUUAAAACACAAGAGUCAAAUACACUUUUCACACUGUCUUCAUGUGUACAAGCACUGAUACCUAUAAAGCUGUUCAGUGUUCUUGUUAGUAUUUAAAUAAAAAUACUUUUUAAAUUUGUCUAUUAAAUAAAUAUUGUACCACAAUGCUAUUUAAAUUCUACUUCUCACCCUGGUACAAUACAUACUAGUGUACCAGGGUGAUGGGUACAUUUUAAAACCAUAAAGUGAACAAAAGGAUGUCCUAUACUUUGUUUAGCUUUUGAAGUCUGAUUUUGUUCAGUAAAGAAAAUAAAUGAUUUAUGGAUAAAUAUAAUAUAUUUUUUUCUUCUAAAUAUAACUCAAGUUGUAUCACUAUACCAAACAUUUUAAAAUCUGGAAGUAGUUUAUUUUCUAUGAACAAUGUGUAUACUAAAAGAGGCUAAAUUAGAAUGCUAACUAUAUCCCUUUAAUAAGGGCUGUAGAAUGUUGAAGAGCCAGGUCUAAACUUUGUGAGUCUAAUACUAAUUCAUGGAGAAUCUCUUUAUAUUGAGCCACAUCUGAUUUACAUGGCUUCAGAUAUUAAAUCAUUUGUAACUUCCAGGGCUGUGUACCUGCAUUCUAGGGUGAAAGAUAUAGGAUAUAAAACUCUUUGACAGAUACACAUUUUCAUUGAUGCGAGCAGAAUAUUAUAUCUAGUUAAGCAAAAUGUUGAAAGAGCGUUUCUUGUAUGUUAUCCUUUAUGUGUUAUUCACAUGUAAUGGCAAAUUUGCACAUGUUUUGUAAUUAAAACAUACCCCUUUCA